CAGGAAUCUGUUUAUAGUGUGAGGAUUGUUUUGGUAACACAAUAAUUAUUUGAAAUGGCAGAUGAAGCCGGUGGUCCGGCACCUCCUGGAGUCGAAAUAACUGAAGCAGAGGAUGAAGAAAAAGCAGCUAAUGUUGCACAUGCAGCUGGAAAGAUAGACGAAAUUUCUAAAAGAAUGUCUAGAAAGGAAUCAGCUUAUCAUCCAACUAUUGAUGAUGAGGAUGUACUUAAUAUAGACAGAACUGCUCUAGAAGCUAUUCUCGAUGUCAGUUCACGUAUAACAGACAUACAAAAGAAAAGCAAGAUUUCUAUGAGCACACUAGUUUUAGCUCAUGAUACCUACAAAGAAAAACAAGCAAAAGCAAAAGAAGCUCGUAACAACAGGGUAGGUGGUUUGAAGACUCAGCAUAGAUUUUUACUGGAAAAUGCUGCAUUAAUCUUGAAUAAAUCAAUUGAAUAUGUGUUGGAUGGGGUUUACGAUGCUGAUAUUCACAUAGAUCUGUUGGAUAGUGCUGUAGCAGAAGGAGGCAGAAACUGUAUAGUUUUAUGUGAUGCCUGGCUGCCCCCACUAAAAAUGGAAUCUGGGCGGUUUGUGCCAAAUCAAAAGGGUCUGAUGGAAAGAACAUAUAUUUCUGACGCAGCAACUAUGGCGACUGAGGGCAUCUGUAUUGGAAUGUACAGAAUUAAAAAUAAGGCUAUCGAUAUAAAAAAUGUUGCUGAAGAUUACUAUCUAGUCUUUUUCGACAUAAAUCAAGAGAGCGAGAAUAUUGUUUCUGGAAUAUAUAACACAAUGAAACGUGUCUAUAUACCUGCUCUAGGUGCUUGCAGAGCUUGGGGUGACCUCAACCCGCCAAAUCCCAAAAGUGACGACAUCAUUAGGACCUAUGUAUCUAAAAUAAUGUUAUUCAACGAUUAUCUUGCAAAAACAAAAAUCGAUUUGGAUUGCUGUACAAAGUUCAAAAUAAAUUUAUUACUGUACGAAGAAGAGCUGGCGGAUGCAGAAAAAAUGAAACUGGCAAUUACAAAAACGCAUGUGCUAGAAGAAAUAUGUACAUUUGUCAAGCAAUGGAUGAAGCAAAUAACAAUGGUUCUAGUACAAAGUCAACAAUUAAGGCGAGAGCCCUCCAACAUUGGUCCGCUGGCAGAAUUAGACCAUUGGCGUCGACAGCUCACCACGUUUACCUCCAUCAUUGAACACAUCAAGAGCGAACCCUGCCAAAUGUAUAUUCAUACGCUGAUCAGAGCCAAAUCUAAGCUCAUUAAGAAAUGGCGGCUGCUAGAUAACCAAGUGACGGACUUUUAUAAUGAAGCAUACGAUAAUGUGAAAUAUUUGUACGCGCUGGAGAAAUACUGUGAACCCCUUUACAGAUGUGAGCCACAAACUAUGCAGCAGUAUAUACCGGGGUUACUGUACACAGUGCGGAUGAUAUUCGCUACGUCCCGGUACUACAACACGACCAAACAAAUAUCGACGCUACUGGUCAAAGUCACCAAUCAGAUACUCAAUAUGUGCUUGGACUAUCUGACGGUUAAUAAGAAGAAGACGAUCUGGAAUCAGGACAAACUUAACUUUAUCACGAAGUCUAAGCUAUGUUUGAACCUGUACAGUUUCUAUCGCGAAUGUUACAACGAGACCCAGCGCGAGAUGAUGGAGGCGGCGGAUGAAAGACCAUUCGAUUGUUCCGAGAUGUAUAUAUUUGGCAAAUUCGAGACUUUCCGGAAAAGACUAAUGAAAAUAAUUGACCUUUUUCAAACAUACAUUACGUAUUAUGUUCUAAACAAAACAACUCUGGAAGGUAUUGAAGAAUAUGCUGCAAAUUUUAAUAAACUCUUUAAGGCAAUCUCAACGAAGACUUAUGAUGCGCUUGAUCAUAGACGGCCAGAUUUUGACAAAGAUUACAAAAUUUACAAGGACGGUGUUGCUACACAAGAGCUGCUUUUAGAGAAUUUUAUGAUUGCCAGUGUAAACAAGUGUCCUACAACGGAGAUAGCGUUACAUUUGUUGAAGCGCUUUGAGAAGCUGAAGUUGGACUGCUUGUACCUCGAGGAUCAGUACUAUGAUCUGAUCAGCAACUACACCGCAGAGAUAGAAUCGAUACGAGAUCGGUAUAACGAAGAACGUGAGAACCCUGAGCUACCUAGGAACAUGCCGCCGGUUGCGGGAAGAGUCAUGUGGAUACGAUUCUAUAAUAAGAACAUCAAGGGUCCGAUGAAAGAGUUCAUGCAGCACCACGAAGUUAUCACUCACAUGAAUACCCAGAGAUGUAUAAAGAUUUACAACGUGAUGAAAAUCGUAUUCACAGAGUUUGAGCUCAUAUACCACAGCGCUUGGGCUGAGAAUGUUGGACAGGUUCGUCUCGGCCUGAUAGCCCCGCUUUUAAUAAGACAUCCAACAACUAAUAUGUACAUCGUAAACUUCAGUAUCUAUAUACCGGAAUGUAUACGAGAAGUGGAAUAUAUGUGGCAACUUGGUCUGAGUGUUCCAGAUUCAGCACAAAUUGUUGCCUUUUGUAAGAAUAAAAUAUUUGCUAAUUUUGAACGAAUGAAGCACUUGGUUGAGCGGAAUGAUCAAAUUAGAAGGAGCAUGCCUAAACUGUACCUGCCAUUGCUACGCGCGCAGCUGAUCAAAAUGGAGAAAGCGUUUCAAGCUGGCCUGUCAACUAUCACGUGGGUUUCUUUAGAGAUACCCGCAUAUUGUGAAAAGAUUGAGAGCGUACUCGACGAGGUCGAUCUAUUUGUUAAGGAGGUAGUAGACAUGAAAGAGGCACGUAUAGACGCAAUAUUACAAUCUAUCACUAAGUCGAUGCUGGUAUUCUUGCCGGAGAAGGCUGUCGAUCCCAACGUAUUCUACGAGGAAAAUCUUGUACGGCGCGAUGAUAUUGCGAUGGAUUUACAACAAAAGUCUUGUAACGCAGAAGUUGCGGUAAUCGAGCUUAUUAACAAGUUUCUUGAUAGCGUACCGUCAAAAGCGAUACAGGACCUAAAAGAUAAUUGGUUGGAUCUCGAUAAGGCUUUGAAACCGGUGACUUCUGCUACACGAGUUUUUCCAGAAGAUGCGGCAUUUUUAGAAAUCGAGAAUCCGGACGUGUUUCAGCCAUUACACUCGAUAAACGAGUGUAAUGAACUGUUCGCUUAUUUUGCAACCAAGUGUUUGGAAUCCCUCAUCAAGUGCACCCGCACUAGUUUGGAUCUGCUUAGGAAAAGAGCUUCUGUGUCCAGUUUCCUGACAAUGACAACUGACCCAGUAGAACAAAAGAAGCUCAGGCCUCUCAUGCUUACAAUGAUGUAUCUUCAAAUACCCAGGAUACUCAUCAAGCCCACUCUAGAAGAGAUUCAGUCUGCCUUCUCUCAGGUCGUUUUGAAUUGCAUAAUGGACAUUCACCGCAAUGUAUUUAUGUGGGGACAACAAGAUUUAUUGAAGAAGGAGCAAAUAGCUGGCCGGUCGCUUAUUACUACCAGGAGCUACAGCGCUGGCUCACGGUCCGGGUCAAGUAUGACCGGAAUACGAAAUUAUUUCCGGAUGGUGUCCGAACAUAAGGAUAUCGUCCGCGCUGUGAUGGCUCUCCAGGGAAUGAUGUACAUGUACAAACCGGAUAUCGAGAAGCUACUUACGGUGUAUGGGAAGUUCUCCCACUUGUGGGCUGAGGAUAGAGUGGAACAAGUGCAAGCCUUCGUGGACUCUAAUCCUUUGAACGUGAUUGUCCAAGACAUGUUCAAGAAAUAUGAGCAGCAGACUGAGGAUGUUCUCAACUUACCCAAGAAACAUAUUGUUGGCUCGAUACAAAUAAAUAUGGAGAAUUUAAAAUUGGGCCUGCAUGUGGAAUCUGUGGAAUGGAAGCGUAUUCUUGGUAAAUUACUGAGUCACGCCUACAAAGAGAGGGUGGACAAAAUGAUGCAGUUCAUUAAAGACAGAAUGAAGACCAUGAGUAAGAAGAUCAAAGACUUAGACGAUGUGCGAGUCGCCAUGCUUUGUCUGGAACUUAUCAGGGAAGAGUUUAUUGGUAUGGACAUGGAGCUAGACCUAAUUGAAGAAAGUUACGCCACUUUUGUGCAUUUUAAUGUAGACAUUCCUAAAGACGAUAUGGACAUGGUUUACGGAUUACGAUACGCCUUCCAGAACAUGCUAUUAACCUCACAACAAGUUCAGCAGCGUAUAGUGGAUAUGCAAGGUCCUUUACAAAAGGAACUAACUGACGGCGUGGCUACUUUCAACGAGGAUGUGCUGAAGUUUGACGCAGAUUAUGACAGAUUUGGGCCAUUGACUCCUGGUCUCACAGCUAGAGAAGCCAGUGAUAGAGUUAUCAUGUUCCAAUCUCGAUUUGAUGAGUUAUGGCGUCGGUUCGAAAUGUACUCAAAUGGUGAAAAGUUGUUCGGAAUGGAAGUGAAAGAUUAUCCUAUUUUACAUCAGAAGAAAAAAGAAUUUAAUCUUUUGAGUAAACUAUAUAGUUUAUACCUUUCUGUGAUGAAUUCAAUUGAUGGAUACUUUGAAACGCCAUGGGCAGCGAUUGAUAUUGAGACUAUAAUAGCUCAACUGGCUGAUUUCGACUUGAGGUGUCGGAAGCUUCCGAGAGGCAUGAAAGAUUGGCCUGCUUACAUUGAAUUGAAAACCAAAAUUGACGAUUUCAACCAAACAUGUCCCUUACUGGAGCUGAUGGCCGACAAGGCUAUGAAGGAUCGUCAUUGGCGAAGAUUAGAAAAUCUUAUGCAUUGUGUUUUGGAUGUGGAAUCUGAAUCAUUUACUCUUGCCAAUGUAAUGGAGGCGCCGUUGCUGAAAUACAAAGAAGAUGUUGAAGAUAUUUGCAUAAGCGCGGUGAAAGAAAAGGACAUAGAAGCGAAGUUGAAGCAAACGAUUUCAGACUGGGCGGUCGUUGACUUGGCCUUCGCGAAUUUCAAGAACCGCGGAGAAUUGUUGAUAAAGCCGCAAGAUACAUUAGAUAUAAUAACGAUGCUUGAAGACUCUCUGAUGAUUUUGAACUCUCUGGCAUCGAACAGAUAUAACGCACCGUUCAAAAAAGAUAUAUUGUUAUGGAUUAACAAGUUGGUCAAUACGACGGACAUAUUGGAAAAGUGGUUGUCUGUUCAGAAUUUGUGGAUGUAUUUAGAAGCCGUAUUUGUAGGGGGAGAUAUUGCCAAGCAGUUGCCCGCUGAAGCAAAAAGAUUUGCGACCAUAGAUAAGACAUACGUUAAAAUAAUGUACCGCGCUCGUGAUAUAGUGAAUUGCGUGGAUACGUGUACGUCGGAUGAUACUCUGAAGCAAUUGUUGCCACAUUUGAUGGAUCAACUAGAGGCGUGUCAGAAGUCCCUUACGGGAUAUCUGGAAACAAAACGACUCAUUUUCCCAAGGUUCUUCUUCGUAUCUGACCCGGUCCUCCUGGAAAUCCUUGGACAAGCUUCAGACCCACAUUCUAUUCAGCCACAUUUGCCGAGUAUAUUCGAUGCUAUGUAUAUGGUAGACUUCGAUGAUAAGGAAAGAAUUGUAGCAAUGAAUUCUGAUAACGGAGAAAAUAUUCCGCUAGAUCGUCCUGUUCCUUGUAUCGGAGGAGUUGAGAUAUGGUUGAAUACGCUGUUGGACACAAUGAAAGACACAGUACGGAAUUUCAUUGCUUUUAUAUCGCAAACUAUGGCAGGAGAUCCAGAGUUUGAAUUUCUAGUCAGCUUCUGGAAUUUCUCAGGCCAGGCAAGUUUAUUGGGUAUGCAAAUAUUAUGGACUAGCGAUGCUGAGUACGCUCUGAAGAAAGCGCGCGCCGACCGAUUGAUAAUGCGCUUGACUAACCAGAAGUUCUUGGAUCUGUUGAACGGUCUUAUUGAUCAGACUGUCAGGGACAUUGCACCGUUGGAUAGGACCAGGAUUGAGACGAUGAUAACUAUUCAUGUGCAUCAAAGGGAUAUAUUUGAUGAUCUUGUUCGAAUGAGGAUUAAGUCACCGAAUGACUUCGAGUGGCAGAAACAGGCCCGUUUCUAUUACUAUGAAGAUACGGAUGACUGUAUUGUGUCAAUUACUGAUGUGGAUUUCCUCUAUCAGAACGAAUAUCUUGGUAUAACCGAGCGUCUUGUCAUCACGCCACUAACAGAUCGUUGUUACAUAACUUUGUCGCAAGCCAUCGGCAUGAGCAUGGGUGGAGCGCCCGCUGGCCCCGCCGGGACGGGCAAGACAGAGACCACCAAAGACAUGGCCAGGACUCUUGGAAAACUGGUCAUCGUGUUCAACUGCUCGGACCAGAUGGACUUCAGAGGUCUAGGUCGUAUCUACAAGGGGCUUGCACAGUCAGGCACCUGGGGUUGCUUCGACGAGUUCAACCGUAUUGAAUUGCCCGUAUUAUCUGUGGCGGCGCAACAGAUAUACAUUUGUCUCACUGCGCGCAGGGAGAAGAAGGAAUUCUUUAUAUUUAGUGAUGGUGACACAGUCAGUUUGAAUCCGGAGUUUGCAUUCAUCAUCACGAUGAACCCGGGCUACGCCGGCAGACAAGAACUGCCGGAGAAUUUGAAGAUUCAGUUCCGUUCUGUGGCCAUGAUGGUGCCUGAUCGACAGAUCAUCAUUCGAGUCAAGCUCGCUAGUUGCGGCUUCAAAGAUAAUAUUUUGUUGGCUCGAAAAUUCUUCACGCUAUAUAAGCUUUGCGAGGAGCAAUUGUCGAAGCAGGUGCACUAUGACUUUGGACUUCGGAACAUUUUGUCCGUACUUAGAACCAUGGGAUCGCAGAAGCGGGCGAAUCCAGAAAGCACGGAGGAGAAUAUAAUGAUGAGAGUAUUGAAGGAAAUGAAUGUAUCAAAACUUGUCGAUGAAGAUGAACCUCUAUUCGUGUCUCUGAUUGAAGAUCUUUUCCCCGGCAUCAAGUUAAGUCAAACAGUGCAUAGAGAAAUGCAACGCGCUAUAAACGUGGUGACAGAACGAACAGGGCUCGUGAACCAUCCGGAUUGGAAUCUGAAGAUAAUUCAGUUGUACGAGACGUCACUCGUGCGUCACGGUCUGAUGACAAUGGGGCCCACGGGCUCAGGAAAGACCACCUGCAUACACACGUUGAUGGCUGCACUCACAGAGGUGGGCAAACCCCAUCGCGAGAUGAGGAUGAAUCCUAAGGCGAUAACGGCUCCGCAAAUGUUCGGUCGUUUGGAUGUCGCGACCAAUGAUUGGACAGAUGGAAUAUUCUCCACGUUGUGGCGUCGAGCAUUGAAAGUGAAAAAGACCGACACUACAUGGAUUGUUUUAGAUGGUCCGGUCGACGCCGUGUGGAUUGAGAAUUUAAAUUCUGUAUUGGACGACAACAAGACGCUAACGCUAGCCAACGGUGACCGGAUCUCUAUGGCUCAGAACAGUAAGCUGGUAUUCGAGCCUGACAACGUGGACAAUGCCUCGCCGGCCACCGUCAGCAGGAUGGGGAUGGUGUUCUUGUCCUCGUCUGUCCUCAAGUGGCAACCCAUACUGGAGGGUUGGCUGAAAAAGCGUACGCAAAAGGAGUACGAUCUGUUUCGUUCAGUGUUUAACAAGGUAUACGAUGAUGUACACUUGUUUGUCCAACAAAAGCUGCCUGCUAAGAUGAAACUUCUUGAAGCUAUCUAUGUCAGGCAAUGUAUUGAUGUCCUGAUUGGCUUACUACAAAUUGAGGUACCCGGCGGAAAGGUACAUACUGAUCGACACUUGGAGCGAUUGUUUGUAUUUGCAAUGAUGUGGUCAUUGGGCGCUGUGUUGGAGUUAGAUGCCCGGUUCAAAAUGGCUGAAUUUAUGACCAAAUUGCCGGUCAAAAUUGAUUGGCCAGGUGCGAGAUCUAAGGAGUGGGUCAUGCCGUUUGAUUAUAUGGUCAACGAAACUGGUUUUUGGCAGCAUUGGUCAGAAAGCGUGGAGGACUACAUCUACCCUCAAGACAGCGUACCCGAGUACGCUUCGAUUUUGGUGCCCAAUGUAGACAACGUGUGCAUAUCGUUCCUCAUAGAAACAAUCGCGAAACAGAACAAGGCCGUUCUGCUGAUCGGAGAGCAGGGAACCGCCAAGACUGUCAUGUUGAAGAGUUAUAUGGCCAAGUACAACAAUGAAGUGAAACUGUUCAAAAUGAUCAACUUCUCCUCUGCUACCACUCCUAAUAUGUUCCAGCGAAUAAUAGAGUCGUACGUAGAGAAGAGAGUCGGGAUGACGUACGGUCCACCUGGCGGGCGCAGUAUGACGGUCUUUGUUGAUGAUAUCAAUAUGCCCGUCGUUAAUGAGUGGGGUGAUCAGGUGACUAAUGAAAUAGUUCGUCAAAUGAUGGAGUGUGGAGGGUUUUACUCGUUGGAGAAGCCCGGAGAGUUUAUCAUAAUUGCUGACAUACAAAUGUUUGGUGCAAUGAUUCAUCCCGGUGGCGGCAGGAAUGACGUCCCGCCACGGUUGAAGAGACAAUUUAAUAUAUUUAACUGCACGUUGCCAAGUAACGUCUCCAUGGAUAAGAUAUUUGAAACAAUCAGCGCAGGAUAUUUCUGCAAAACGAGAUUCGAUAAGAAGUUUGUAGAUUUUAUGCCGCGACUUGUUCCUGUCACUCGAAUGAUUUGGCAACAAACUAAGAUAAAAAUGUUACCAACUCCAGCGAAGUUCCACUACGUGUUCAACCUUCGUGAUUUGUCUCGUAUCUGGGAGGGUAUACUGUUUAUCAAACGAGAUGAGCUGCCCAGCAUCAAGACUGCGCUCAAGUUGUGGUUCCACGAGUGCCUAAGAGUUAUAUCAGACAGAUUCACAACAUUUGACGACAAGGAUUGGUUUGUGGCAAACUUCUGGAAGAUUGCGACGCGCGAGCUGCCUGACUUGGUUUCGGAGUUUCCGGACGAGGAGACGUAUUUUGUGAACUUCCUCCGAGAGCCCGUGGACCCUACAGGUGACGAGGAAGAAGACUUUAGCACGGAGGCACCCAAGAUUUAUGAAGAGCUUCCUUCGUGGGAGUUCCUGUUAUCAAAGCUGGCGCAGUUUCAGGACCAAUUUAACGAACAAAUCCGUGGAGCCCAUCUGGACUUGGUAUUCUUUCACGACGCUAUGGUCCAUCUGUUCAUUAUAUCCAGGAUUAUUAAUACACCUCGAGGUAAUGCACUGUUAGUGGGCGUCGGUGGAUCGGGUAAGCAGAGUCUGACGAAAUUGGCCUCCUAUAUUGCAAACUUCUCUUUCUAUCAAAUAACAUUAACAAGAGCAUAUAAUGUAAGCAACUUCAUGGACGACAUAAAGAUCUUGUACAGGAUCGCUGGUCUACAGGGUCAAGGGAUUUCUUUCAUAUUCACUGACAAUGAUAUUAAAGAUGAACAAUUCCUCGAGUUCCUCAAUAAUAUUCUGAGUUCAGGAGAAAUUGCCAACCUCUUCCCCAAAGAUGAGAUGGAUGAGAUUCUGAACGAGUUGACACCUAUUAUGAAGAAAUACGCACCGAAGCGUAUCCCAGUACCCGACGUGUUAUACGAAUACUUUAUUAUGCGGUCUCGCUCCAAUUUACAUGUCGUCUUAUGUUUUUCGCCGGUGGGUGAAAAGUUCAGAAGCAGAGCAAUGAAAUUCCCUGGUCUGAUAUCAGGGUCGACGAUGGACUGGUUCCAGAAAUGGCCAAGAACUGCCUUGAUAGAAGUGGCUCAUCAUUUCUUAUGGGAAUUUAAGGUGGUGUGCUCUGCGGAAACGAAACAACAAUUGAUUGAGAUCAUGGGCAUGGUGCAGGACAACGUGGCGGAUACGUGUUCCCUCUACUUUGACAGAUUCAGGCGACAGACGCACGUCACGCCUAAGUCGUACCUCUCUUUCCUGGAGGGCUACAAAGUGUUAUAUAAGGAGAAACAUGAAAGUAUUGCAGAGAUGGCGAAAAGAAUGACAACUGGCUUGGACAAGUUGGUAGAAGCGGCUGCAAGUGUAGAUGUACUGAAAAAGGAACUGGAGGCUAAAGACAUGGAAAUAAAAGAAGCAACCGCAGCUGCUGAAGAGGUAUUAGCGGCAGUAGCAGAAUCGCAGGCAGCUGCAGAAGUGGUGAAAGCGGAAGUGAUGGCCGUAAAAGAUCGCGCCGUGAAACUCGUGAGCGUUAUUGCUGCUGAAACAGCCAUCGCUGAAGAAAAACUGGCCGCUGCCAAACCUGCGCUGGAUGCUGCGGAGGCAGCGCUAUUGACCAUCAAUGCAGCCGAUAUUGCGACGGUCCGAAAGUUAGGAAAGCCGCCGUAUCUGAUUACCCUCAUUAUGGACGCUGUCAUUCUCUUGUUCAGAAAGAAGAUUGAUCCUAUCAAGCCUGAUCCAGAAAAACAAUUUUUAACAGCAUCUUGGGCGGAAUCUUUGAAGGUGAUGGCUGACACACGGUUUUUGAAUAAUUUGAAGUUCUAUCCAAAAGAUGAAAUCAACGCUGAGAUGCUAGAUUUAUUGACGCCUUAUUUUAGUUUUCCACAGUACACAUUCGAGGCGGCGAAAAUUGCUUGCGGCAACGUGGCCGGUUUGAUUUCAUGGACAAAAGCUAUGGCGUCAUUCUAUUCUGUGAAUAAGGACGUGUUGCCUCUGAAGGCCAACUUAGCUGUGAUGCAGGGCAAGUAUCAGGCUGCUAAGAGAGAGCUGGAGGCCGCUGAGGCAUUGUUGGAGGCUAAGGAGCGAGAGCUUAAAGGAGUCCAAAUGAAAUUCGACGAGGCUAUGACUUUGAAGCAAGCAGUUCUCGAUGACGCGGCCAAGUGUCAACAGAAAAUGGACGCAGCGACUGCGCUCAUCAAUGGACUAAGCGGGGAAAGAGUUCGGUGGACUGAACAGUCUGCGCUGUUCAGGUCCGAGAUCGAACGAUUGGUCGGAGAUAUAUUGCUACUCACCGGAUUCUUGUCAUAUUCGGGACCGUUCAAUCAAGAGUUCCGCUCGUUGUUGAACAACAGCUGGUUGGCCGAACUGUUGAGAAGAAAAAUACCCGUCUCUAUGAGCUUGAAUAUCACUGAACAACUAACGGACACUGCGACGAUUGGCGACUGGAAUUUGUGCGGUUUACCGACAGACGAGUUGUCGAUACAGAACGGCAUUAUCGUAACAAAAGCUGCCAGAUUCCCGCUACUCAUAGAUCCGCAGACACAAGGGAAGAUUUGGAUUAAAAAUAUGGAAAAAUAUAGUGAUCUCAUUGUUACCACUCUCAACCAUAAGUAUUUCAGGAACCAUAUAGAGGAUUGUGUAUCGCUAGGGAGACCUUUGUUGAUAGAGGAUGUUGCAGAAGAAUUGGACCCUGCGCUUGAUAAUAUAUUGGAGCGUAAUUAUAUCAAAAUCGGCUCUUCGUACAAGGUAAAACUAGGUGAUAAAGAAAUCGAUGUGACUGCGGGUCAUAAAAUAUAUAUAACUACGAAGUUGCCAAAUCCUGCGUACACACCCGAGAUUUCAGCUAGAACUUCCAUUAUUGACUUCACUGUGACCAUGCAAGGACUAGAAGAUCAAUUGUUGGGUCGAGUGAUAUUAACAGAGAAAGCGGAGAUGGAAGCUGAGCGAACACAGCUGAUCAUGGACGUGACCGCGAAUAGGAGGAAGAUGCAAGAGCUGGAGGCUAAUCUGCUGCAUAAGCUCACCACGAUACAAGGCUCAUUGGUGGAGGAUGUAUCACUCAUACAAGUGCUCAAUAUUACGAAGGCGACUGCUACUGAGGUUAGAGAGAAACUGGACGUGGCGAAGGAGACCGAGAUAAAAAUAAAUGCAGCACGCGAAGAGUUCCGUCCGGUGGCAACACGUGGCUCUGUGUUAUACUUCCUGAUCUGCAACAUGUCCAUGGUGUGUAACAUGUACCAGACCUCGUUGGCGCAGUUCCUGGAGAGAUUCGACUUGUCUAUGGAGAAAUCCCAGCCGAGCGCUAUCACCUUCAAGAGGAUCGGGUUCAUUAUCGAUUAUUUGACAUACGACGUAUGGAAGUUUAUAAGCCGCGGGUUCUAUGAGACGCAUAAGUAUUUGUUUACGUUGCUACUAACUCUGAAGAUUGAUUUGAACAGAGAAGUAAUCACUUACGAUGAGUUCCAAACGCUAAUAAAGGGUGGUGCCGCGUUAGAUCUGAACGCCUGUCCACCGAAACCAUUCAAAUGGGUCACCGAUAUGGCUUGGUUGAACUUGGUGAACCUGUCUGGCUUAAGGCAAUUCACUAAUAUCUUGACCCAAGUUAGCAAUAACGAGAAGGGUUGGAAAAAUUGGUUUGACAAAGAGGCCCCAGAGGAUGAGCCGCUGCCAGACGGCUACCAUACUCUGGACGUGUUCAGGAAACUCCUGGUGGUGCGUUCCGUGUGUCCGGACAGAACGUUGGCGCAGAGCCUAAAAUAUGUAAUUAAUUCGAUGGGUGCUAGAUUUUCGGAGGCUGUCAUUGCUAACUAUGAAAAUAUGGUGCUAGAGUCACGACCAUUAGUGCCUUUAAUCGGGUUUUUGGCGAUGGGCUCCGACCCUACACCUUCAAUAGAAGUGACAGCAAAAAGAAUGGAGUGCAUUUGCUCAUCGAUAUCGAUGGGCCAAGGGCAGGAAGUUCACGCAAGGAAGCUCAUAGACAGGGGUAUAAGGGAGGGAUUGUGGGUAUUGCUACAAAAUUGUCACUUGGGGUUGGAAUACAUGGUUGAGGUUAUGGAACAGUUUGCUGAAUUGGAAAAGGAGCCAGAGAAGGUUCAUGAAACGUUUAGGCUCUGGAUCACUACAGAAGUUCACAAUAAAUUUCCAAUAACGCUGUUACAAAUGUCGAUAAAGUACACGUGCGAGCCACCUUCAGGUAUAAAGGCAGGUUUGAUGAGAACUUACGACUCGAUGAGUCAAGACUUCCUGGACUACAGUGAUAGUCCGUUCUACUUGCCGCUGAUAUACACCAUCUCUUUCUUGCACACGGUUGUGCAAGAGAGACGGAAGUUCGGCCCACUCGGUUGGAAUAUUCCGUAUGAAUUUAAUUCUGCGGAUUGGUUGUCUUCGUGUAUGUUUGUCCAGAAUCACUUGGAUAUUCUCGAGCCUGGCCAGAAUGUUAGUUGGACGACUGUGAGGUAUAUGGUAUCAGCGGUUCAGUAUGGCGGUCGUGUAACCGACGACUAUGAUAACCGUUUACUGACAACAUUCUGCAGAGUUUGGCUCACCGAUCAGAUAUUCAACGACGACUUCCAGUUCUACAAGAACUAUGGCAUUAUGAAGUUUAAGAACAUUCCAGAAUAUAUUGAGGAGAUUGAAAAGAUGAAGACUGUGGAUCCACCGCAAGCGUACGGGCUACACACAAAUGCGGAUAUUACAUAUCAACGACAAAUCACACAAGACCUUCUAGACACCAUCCUGUCAAUUCAGCCAAAGGAAUCCAGUUCAGGAGGUGGAGAGACGAGAGAAGCUUCAGUAUACAGGCAAAGCAAGGAAAUGUUAGAUAAAGUUCCACCUAAUUUCGAUCCACACGAAGUCAAAGAAAGAUUAAGAUAUUACGGUAUGUUGAACUCGAUGGUGAUAUUCUUGCGGCAGGAGAUAGACCGUAUGCAGAAAGUUAUCUCGUUGGUCAGGACCACGUUGAAGGAUCUGUUGCUUGCUAUUGAUGGCACAAUAAUCAUGAAUGAAGCACUACGCGAUUCGUUGGACAAUAUCUACGACGCCAAGGUACCGAAAAUAUGGCUGAGGAGCUCGUGGACUUCUUCCACACUUGGUUUCUGGUUUACCGAAUUCUUGGAACGGAAUAUCCAGUUCUCCACGUGGUGUUUCCAGGCGAGGCCGUACUCUUUCUGGAUGACUGGCUUCUUCAAUCCACAAGGUUUCCUGACGGCGAUGCGGCAAGAAGUGACGAGGGCGCACAAAGGCUGGGCGCUCGACAUGGUCGCGCUACACAACGACGUGACCAAGACUUUAUAUGAAGACGUCAGAGCACCUCCUGUGGAAGGCGUGUACGUCCACGGACUGUUCCUGGACGGGUCAUCGUGGGACCGCCGCAACCAACGUCUGAGCGAGUCCAUGCUCAAGGUGCUGUACACUGCGUUGCCGGUCGUGCAUAUCUACGCUAUCAACUCCACGGCGCCCAAGGACCCUAAACUCUAUGAGUGUCCAGUCUACAAGAAGCCCAAUCGUACCGGUUUGACAUUCAUCACGCCCCUGUGGUUGCCAACAUUAAAACAUCCUGACCAUUGGGUUCUCCGCGGUGUUGCCAUACUGUGUGACAUCAAAUAAUCAAUAUAACCUUCAAUAAACAUGAUAUUUCGUCUUCAGGAGUGAAUCAUAUUUAGAAAGUGUCUUAUUCUGCUAGUCAUUUAUUUUAUUUUAUUUUUAGUUAGUAACGAUUUAAAUAAAUGAUACGAAUAUAUUA